AGCCAAACUAAACUCGUCUUAGUCUUAGUGAAGCUUAAGUCUAAACCCUAGUAACUAACGACUGUGUUUGCACAGAAACAUCGGGUGGCAGUCAGUGUAUGAACGGCUUUGUGGAUGGUGAGGAGAGGCACGUGACAGGUUGCCAGGUACAUCUCUAUAGUAACAGCGUUCUGCCGUAAACUAGUCUGCUGAUUGUUUUACGACAUUAUUUCAUGGUGAGGCCGUGUGUUCAAUUCUCAAGUGAACAGGACAAAUAACCAUGAGUCGAAUGAAUACUCCUUACUUCGACAAUGGCGCCAUUCUGCGCACCCGCAGUGUCACACCGGGAGCAGAAAUGUCAAAAAUGUUGCCAUAUGUCAACGACAAGACCAUAUCCCGUCACCUUGGAUACGCCGGCAAAUCUAUGGAUCUUGGACAUGCUGCCACAUACUACAACCCAGCCAGGAAUGCCCUGUAUUCCCGUUACACCACCAACGACUGGGGAUUGUCCAACAGCAUGAACUAUUCCAUGUCUGACAAGGAGCGAUCUUUCGCCGAGCGCCUCAGAGCUGAUGCCUGGAGGGCCGUCAAAGAGACGGACGCCCGCACGCGAAACAGGCAGAAUGAUAUCACCAAGAAAUUGGGCGAGCGAGUCUAUGACAUUGCUUUCUGGAAAAGCGAACUUAACAAUGAGAUAAACGCCAUGGCUACAGAGACCGACAAUCUCAAGGAGUACCGCCGUACCUUGGAGAAGGCCCUUGCCGACACUGCCAACCCCCUCCACAUCGCAGAGGAGUGUCUGAUGCACCGGGAGAAACGUCAUGGAAUCGACCUCGUACACGAUGAUGUCGAGAAACAUUUGAUCAAGGAAGUCGACUCCAUCAAGAAGUGCCAGUCUAAGAUGAAGAGAGUUUUGGACAAGGCCUACGUACAGCUUAAGAUGAACCGUGCGGCCCAGCAUACCCUGGAGAUUGACGCCAAGGACAAGCACCACGCUCAGGGUCUUGAUGACCGCAUGCAGCAGCUGAGGAACGCUUCCGCCGGUAUCGGUUACCACCCAGGCAUCGAGAGCAUUGACAACACCAUCACCAUCCCCGACUCCUGGGUGAGGUACACACAAGAGAACAUCGCACGUUCUCAGAAGGAGAGGGCUGCCUCAGAGCGCCUAAGAGGAGAAAUCGACAGCACCCUCCGCGCAUGCGCCAAUGACAUGUGGAACCAGUUCAACUGUGUCAACAACUCCUUCAACACGAGAACUAGGCAGACAACUGAUGCUAGGAACAAGCUCCAGGCUCACUUACAGAGGACUCUACAAGAGAUCUUCGACAUGGAGAGGAAUAUUGAGUUAUUGAGGAAGGCAAUCCAGGAUAAGGAAAUGCCGAUGAAGGUGGCCCAGACCAGACUGGACGAGAGGACCCGUCGUAUCAACGUCGAGCUCUGCAAUGACCCCGUCAUGAGAUCGCUACAGAGGGAGAUCGCCGAGAUCAGGGAGUCAGUCAGGAUCCUGAAGGAGAGGCUGAAGGCUUCCGAACUCAGCUUGUGCCGUCUGAUGAAGACAAAAGCCACUCUGGACCAUGACAUAUCUGUGAAGGAAAACACAAUCAAGAUUGACACCGCUUACUGCAUGGGCAUGCGCAAAGGCUUCCCUAUGGAUCCCAAAGUCGGACCGGUGUUUCAAAUGCCAAUAUGCUAAUGAAUAGAACUUUUAUCAAAUUUGUUUCUAUAGACGCCCAUUAACUAUGAAAAUAAAAUUCAAAAUGGUCAUCUAGAAGUGCUGACAUUUUAAUGAAUUUACCAAUGGAGUAAUGCCAUACAGACUCUAUAAAAUCACGUCUAAAUAUAUUUAUAUUUUUUUCUUCAAAAUAUUCUUUUCGAUACGGGAUAUCGUGAUUAUUUUAUGAGUGUACGUUCAACGAAUAGACAGAUGAUAUUGGAUGACAGUGUCUAUGCAUAUCAAACAAAUUCGUUUGUUUCGCAAAUUUGCGAAAGUUUGAGGUUUUAUAUAAACAGUCCGCAAACGUUAUGAGUCUAUGCGACCGGUUUGUUAUACACGGUAUACGUUGUGAAAAUCGUUAAUAUCCUUUAUUGUUCACUUGUUUCAUAACAAAUCUUUUGUUCAUGUUAUAUUUGCAAAUACGAUUUGCUUUUCAUUUUAUUUCGUUUUCUUCCUUUUUUGAAGAGAAGAUUUGAAGCAGAAGGGGGUGUGUGUUUCUAGAGAUAGGGACUUUCCGUGUAUCUAACACUGAUAUGAUACAGAACACAACAAGAAAAGUCACCGGAAGUUAGAACACAUAUUCAGAGUUGUCCCUCUUCUAGAUCCGCCUUCUCAUUACAUCGAAGCCGUCUUUAAGUUAAGAUUUUACUAGGCAUGCUUGAGUUAGCGCAAGUUAGUGAUAGUUUGUUCUAUUAAUAUAGUCCCAAUGAUAUCAGGAAGAAAGGACUAGGAGAAAACAGACGUUACUGUUUGUAAUGCAAACUGGUGAGUCCUUUGUAUACUUUACCGUUCAGUAUUUGGUUAUUUACCGAACCGAACUUGCAUUUCAGUAUAACUUAUUUCGAGUUUUAUCUUAUAGAUAUCGUUAUGUUUUUCAGUAGUUUAAAUUAUUGUAGAUAAUAAAUAACCGCAGAAAUCAAAAUCAAAUCAGCUAGAUUAUAUACAGAUGGUAAGUAGUGCUAGCACAUAGAACGAUCAUUAACUGUGCUGCACAGCACGGGAAUCAGCUAGCAUUAGCAGUGCUGAACGUGAUGAUAUUCUUCAGUGCUAAAUGAAAAUUAUUUUUGUUGUGUAAUAAGUGUGAAUAAAAAAGGUUUGUAACUGAUUUCUUACUCUAUAGUUUCUGUUGAACACUUUUAUUUAUUGAAUUAUAAAUACAUAUAUUGAACAGUCCAAAUCUAUCAUGUUCUUUAUUUUUUGUCAUUAUUAAACGAAGGGUGUGUGUAUUGAAUUUCAAAUUAAAUUACAGUUUGCUUUCAUAUAAAAACCGCUGCACAUAUAAAAAUGUCGGGAAUUUCCGUUUAUUGUCGGAAAUCCCUAAUAGAUCCAGCAGAAUGUGCGCAUGCGCUGAGGAUAAAUUCCUCUUUGUGGACGUAAACCACAUCAGUAUUAGUCUAUCUACAACUUGAACAUUACAACCACAUGAUUGCUCAACAGAAUGUGUAUGUACUUAGAGUAAUGACUUGCCAUCUAAUGUGCUACAAACUGUGAUAAACUGGCUAUAUUUUAUUUAUAUGUUGUUACGAUUUUGUAUAUAGCGUUUCCAUUGGUCGAGUAGACACCGUUGUACUGCUUAUGUUGUUUGCACAAUAAAACUUGGAAAAAUA